AUUGAAGGAUGUCCACGAUUAUAUUUGUGUAUAAGGCUCAAUAAAUAGGUGGUAGAAUAUCGCUGAUAGUAAAGUGGGUAGAAUGUUCAUUAAAUUAUGAAGAACAAAUUCAACUUGUGGAGGGUAAGGCCCAGUCAAACAUAAUGGCCUAUCUCCACCUGAAUCGGGGCUUGCCAAUGUCGAGUUGACAACGCAACAUCUUAACCAUCUUCUCUCGAAGUUUGCCCUUUGCCAUGGAGCUGAUUGUGCGAUUUUCCGAAUUUUCCGAAUUUUCCGUUGCACAAUCGCCUGCACAUCGAACUGCCAGCGGAUACAAGCAAUUUGUCAGACGUGAGAUGCACUCGAGUGCAUUUAUUGUGUUUAGCAUGUCUGCAAAGUUCAGGUCGAGCUGGCUGGAAAGUAAAAGUGAUUCGGGGUUCUGUUGAGUCAUUGCCCGUGGAGGGAUCACAUGGAACCACUUAAAUGGAAAUCACAACCAAAUGAUCGCAUCGCAUCGCAUUGGAUUGGAUUGGAUUGGAUUGGAUCGAGUGUUAUGAAUGGAGCCCGAAACGCACUGCUCACUCGGCCCAAGGUCGAUGUGCAGGCUUCUAUGUUUGAAAUCUCUUUGCAGCCGUGUUUCUCUACGUUUUGCUGAUACGAAUUCGAUUUUGAUAUGGAUUUCGCGAUUCGCAGUUCGCAGUUCGCAGUUUGCAGUUCGCCGCACGGCCAAUGUCGUGCGUCGCUUUGCGUUUAAUUAAUAAAUGCGCGAAAAGUGGCCGUGUGUUGGCUUUGGCUGUUCGGCCACAAAACGCUAAUUACAAAUGCCGCCAAGAGCAAGUACGAGUCGCGAUUGCGGCCCAAACGGAACGGCAAUAGGCCACAAAUCCGAGCAGCCACUACAACUCGAACAACUUCUUGACAUUUUGGUUAUGCUCAUGCGUGCAGCGCAAUUUCGACUUUGUCUGUCUAAUACUAAGUUGCCGCCUUUGCUGCCAAAUGCUACUCCGCCUGAUCUAAUCGUUCUGAUCGUAGUUUUCAGUUUUUAGUUUUUAGUUUUUAGUUUUCAGCUUUUAGUUUUCAGCCACAAUGGUAGGCCUAUUGUUCUCGACUCAAUGCCUCCACUCGUCGUCUCAGGUGCUUUAAACUCGCAGUUGCACACACUCGAAGAGUCGUGAAAUUAAUCAAAUUUAUUGUCGAGCCCGAAACCCAUAAUUAAAUUUAAUAUAUGCAACGAAAGCAAUCGCGAUCGACGGACCGGCUGCGUGUGAAAACCGAGAAUGACGGACUGACUGAACUUAGACGUGAGUCAUCGAUGAAGUAUGGCUCUAAUCGAGUUAGGCCUAUGUGAUUACGCUGGCUGUGUUCUACGCAUUUCGAGUGGCUUUAUUAAUUGAUAUGACUUUUUAAUUACACCCAACCCCUCUGCCUAUCGAAUUAUGAAUUCUAUAGUACAGCAAAUGCAUUACAAAAAUGUAUGGCUAAUUUCUUAUUCAUUUUAAUGACACUGCAUUAUGUUUUUCUCUGCAUGAUGAUAAGGUACAUGCAUAUAUGCUGUGCAGAGCGAUAAGACAUCUCUUAUCACGAAGCGUCAGAUUUUCUGUUUUCUUUCUUUAUUGGAUUGCUUUCUAAUAUCUUUGGUUCCGAUGCAUUCAAGUCAGUCUGCAUUUGCCAGUCGAAUUCACAAGAUUUCACAAUCGCAGCAAUGCUGAGAUUUACUUUAUUUUUGGUGCUGUCGUUAUACCUGAGGUCAUGCCACUCAGCAGCCUGCGAGGGCACUGAAUGCGAUGCCCAAUGUGCUGCAUAUUGCUACGGAGUCUUGAAUCCCUGCAUGUCGAACUUGGGCAGUUUGCAACGAAGGGCUGAGGCCUGCGAAGCAGCUGUUUCUAUUGCGAGAAUAGCCCUAAAUGACCGCAGACUAGACAGUUUUGGCACUUCAAUGAACUUGCAGCAGGAAAGGCAAAAUACUUCGCAACUACUUCUGGCACACGGUACACCGAUGGCCAGAAAACUGGAUAGGAACGACACUUUUCAACAACUGGGAAGCAAAUACUAUUACAUCGAGAAGGAACAGAAACUAAACUGGCACGCGGCGUUGGAAAAGUGCCACAAAAUGGGUGGCCAUCUGGCCAGUUUGCAAACUGAGGAGGAAUUGGAUGGAUUCAAUAACCAGCUUAAUGGCCUAAAUCGCUACUGGAUCGACGUGACCAGCCAGUUCAACGAAUUUGAAUUUGUGUCUGUAACCAAAGGAUCGAAAGCCAACUUUCUGAGUUGGGCCGAGGGUGAACCCACGAAAGAUGGAAAGUGUGUGGAUGUGCGUACAUUCAACGGGAAAACUACCAUGAAUGAUAACGAGUGUUCCGCCCAUCUCUUCUUUAUUUGCGAAAAAUCUAUUGAAGUAUAGAGCACUAACCAACUAUCGCCUUAGCUUUAUUGAGUUAUGAAAUGGCAAAUGGUUUAUAGAGAAAAUCAGUCUGAAAAGUUCAAAAACGAACAAGUUGGAAUAAGAUCGAGUAUCACUACAUAUAAUCAUAAAUAUAUAAUCUUAUAAACCACUAUUUUAUUAUAUUGUACCUACAAUCUCCGUGCUCUCAAGGUUUUGCAUUGGCUACAAAAAGUCUGGCAAGACUCUUCCCCCGAUCGAGAUAUAUAUACAAAUAUACAAAUACAUGCGAUAUAGAGAUCGAUUGGCUUACGCAUGUGCAGUGGAAACCGAAGCUCGACAUUUACGCUUAAAUCAUAUUUUAUGGCUUUUCAGCUGAAAAUCGAAUGCUAACUUGUUUGUUUCGUUCUGCUUUUCAGCGGCAUUUUGGCGAUUGUUGUUGUGUUCUGCUUGUUGGCCAAUUCAAUUCAAGUUCGCAUCGGGCCAAAGCCAAAGUCGAAGUCGAAGUCGAAGUUUGUUCAACCAAGUCGAUUCGAUUGCGAUCGCGAAUUGAAAACAAAAACGUGAACGUUGCACGCACCAAGUUUACUUGUUUUUAUUUUGCUUUUUUUUGCCUUAACUACGACUGCAUAAUUAAAUCAAAAUAAUGGGCAUGUUUAUUUCUUUAUUAUUUUAACUCAUUGGGCAGUUUGUUAGCAUUUCUACAAUAAAAUGUCAUAUUAUUGCAACGCUUUAAUAUUAGCAGCAGGUAAUUUUCCUAUACUAAAA